AUGCUUGCCGGCAGUAUGAAUAACGAUAACGAUAAUGUUAUUGACUUGAUAUCGGAUAGUGGUGAUGAUUUUGAUUCUGACUCUGACGAUCCAACUUCUACAAAUGUCACAUCUGGCGAGAAUGGCGGAGGGCAAUCAGUCUGCUUUCAGGACGAAGAUUUGUUGAGGAGCACUCCCUCUUCUUCCAGGUGUAAUAUAAAUGAUAAUGGUCAGUACAGAACUCUGCCACCUUCCUUCGCAAAUGGUAUUGAUAUUGAGAAAGCCCGUUAUACACUAGGUUCGGGGGACAGAACUUAUCCACAUUCAAAUUCGGGGCCAAGACACGAUUCUGGAAGGGCCUCUCUCUCGUCCAGUAGACUUGAUAUCGCAGUGAGGGAGCGUAAUGGUUUGGCAGUGGAUGCAAAUGGCAAUAACAAGAGGAUUCUUCCUUCAUCUUUUGCCAGUGGAAGCACGUCAAAAUCUACACAUCCAAGUGUUGCAAGUGAGAGCCGUAAACUCCCAUCACGUUUUACCAAUGGAAAUUCACAAAGGUUGGAUGAUAAUAGUAUAGGAACAAAUGAUGCCAAUGGCACUGGGCAGCCUUCAUCUUCAAGGUUCUCAAUCCGAAGCUACUCUGUGAGUAAUGCCCAGAAGGAUACCAUGGAAAAUGACGAUGAUGAUGUCUAUGUAUAUGAUAGUCCUAGUUCACAUAGGAUGCUGCCUGCAUCUUUUGGAGGCCAUAACUCUGCCAGUAACAAUGAACUUGCUAAUGUUAAUGACAUGCAAGCUCGUCCAAACCUAGAAAAUAGGUUUAUGGAUCCUGACGAGAGCGCAGUAUAUCAAGAGGCUCUUCAGGUAUGCAUCUUUGGUCCGUUGAGACAUAAACAACAUUCAUGUUCAUGCCCAGCUAAUCAUGUGACGUUUUGUCCAGAGAACAUUAGUCUGGAUAAAAGGGAAGAUGAUCUCGAUGAGGGUGUCUUAUCAGUAUCUCUGCUUAAGCACCAGAAAAUGGCAUUAGCUUGGAUGGUUUCGAAGGAGAAUAGUUCACAUUGUGCAGGAGGAAUUCUUGCAGAUGAUCAGGGUCUUGGGAAGACUGUGUCUACAAUUGCCCUUAUACUAAAACAGAAGAGUCAGCAGUCUAAGUUCAUGUGUGCUGAUUCAGAUCCUUUGAAAUCUGAAGCGCUAAACCUUGAUGAAGACGAUGAGGCAGUGACUGUUGUUGAUAAGGCGAAACAGUCUAUGAACGAUGAACCCAAGAAGGAUUUAGACGCUAGUUUAUCAACAGCAGCUAGUACUAGUGAUGUUAAACCAUCUAGUAGUCAUAUGGAUAUUGUUCCAAAUAGAAUUGUUGUUGAAAGCAAAGUUGAACGCAAGAAGACUAAAACAGGCACAUCAUCUGCAUCAUCGACCAUGCGAUCCAUGACAAGGCCAGCUGCAGGUACUUUAGUAGUAUGCCCUGCUAGUGUUCUUAAGCAGUGGGCUAAUGAAUUGAAUGACAAGGUUAGUCAAAGUGCUAGGUUAUCUGUUUUAGUCUACCAUGGUGGUGCAAGGACCAAAGAUCCAAGUGAGCUGGCAAAAUAUGAUGUCGUUGUCACGACAUACACAAUUGUGGCGAAUGAAGUGCCUAAACAGAAUGCUGAUGAUGACCAAGAUCAAAAGAAUGGGGAAGAAUCUUCUGUUGGUAAUAAAAGAAAACCACCAAGCAAAUCUAAGAAAAGGAAGAAGAAACUUAAGGAUUCAGAUAUUGACCUUGACAGUGGCCCAGUUGCCCGGGUACGGUGGUUUCGGGUGGUUCUUGAUGAAGCUCAGACGAUAAAAAAUUUCCGAACUCAAGUGGCUAAAGGCUGUUGUGGACUAAGAGCAAAAAGGAGAUGGUGCUUAUCAGGAACACCUAUACAAAAUUCAAUCGAUGAGCUCUACAGCUAUUUCCGUUUCUUGAAAUAUGAUCCAUAUUCUACAUAUAGCUCAUUUUGUACAAUGAUAAAGCACCCAAUUGCUAGAAAUGCAGUCCAUGGGUAUAAGAAACUACAAACUGUGUUGAGGAUAGUUCUCCUGCGUCGCACAAAAGAAACUAAGAUAAAUGGAGAACCGAUCAUAAACUUACCUCCAAAGACAAUUAAGUUGCAAAAGGUGGAUUUCACAAAGGAGGAGCGAGCUUUUUAUUUGACACUGGAAGAACGUUCUCGGCAACAGUUCAAGGAAUAUGCUGCUGCCGGAACAGUCAAACAAAACUAUGCCAAUAUCCUUUUAUUGUUGUUGCGCCUUAGGCAGGCUUGUGAUCAUCCUCUUCUUGUGAAGGGGCAUCAGUCGGUAUUUAAAGGCGAUGGUUCUAUAGAGAUGGCAAAACAACUUUCCAAGGAAAGGGUAAUAGAUUUGCUUGCAAGGCUGGAAGUAUCAGCGCUUUGUGCUGUAUGCCGUGACACACCUGAGGAUGCUGUUGUGGCGAUGUGUGGUCAUAUUUUCUGCUAUCAGUGUAUAUACGAGCGGAUAACAACUGAUGAAAACAUGUGCCCCGUCCCUAAUUGCAGAAACACGUUAAGUACUGAAUCAGUAUUUUCAUCAGGGACAUUAAAGAUUUGUAUCUCCGGCAAGACCAGUACUCAUGCGAUAGCGAGUUCAUCAGCAGACGAUGGGCUAUCUUCUAUCAGUCAAAGCAGUUACAUCUCCUCGAAGAUACAAGCGACCGUCGAUAUACUGAAUUCUAUCAUUAACAUGCAUGCUCUUACAGACAGUGAUACCAUUGAAUCAAAUCCAAACCGAGUAUCCCCUGUGAAAGCCAUUGUCUUCUCGCAGUGGACUGGCAUGCUGGAUUUGCUGGAGUUUUCACUGAACAGCAAUCUUAUACAGUACAGGAGACUAGACGGAACAAUGUCCCUCAAUUCAAGAGAUAAAGCCGUGAAGGAUUUUAACACCGACCCAGAGGUUAGAGUUAUGAUUAUGUCAUUGAAAGCGGGUAAUCUUGGUCUGAACAUGGUUGCUGCUUGCCAUGUAAUACUCCUUGAUCUUUGGUGGAAUCCUUAUGCUGAGGACCAGGCAAUUGAUAGAGCACACAGAAUUGGUCAGACUCGUCCUGUCACUGUCUCUCGUCUAACCAUUACAGAUACGGUGGAAGAUCGUAUUUUAUCUCUGCAGGAGGAAAAGAGAGCGAUGGUCAACUCUGCUUUCGGUGAAGACAAAUCCAGUGCCCACGCUACUCGGCUCACUGUAGAUGAUCUGAGGUAUCUGUUUAGGAUAUGA